UAUAAAACCCAAUGUAUUUUAAUUAAAGGUGUUAUAAAAAUGUGAUUAAGUUUUUUAAUUGAUUUCCAAUUCACUACUUUGUUAUCAAAAAGCAGUGAGCUGUUCUAAUGGGAAGAAAUAUUUGUUAAUCGGAAAAGAAGAAAAAUGAAGCGAACAAUUGUCCUUUUCUUUUUAAUAUGUGUUGCGUUCCACUGUUUGGGACUGGACUCAGAUAUCCAGAAGAUCUUAGCCGAGCUGAGCUGGACCACCAAGCCCAUGUUCCUGGAUUACAUCACCCUUGUCAAACCUGAGAGCUUAAACAGCAGUUUAAGAUCAUCGCUUCAACAACUGUGGGGCGUAAGAAAGGCGAGGUCUAUUCCCGAGGUAUCGAGAAGGCUCGAAAGGAAUGGUUCUCUAACCCUGGAAGAACUCUUGAGUUCCUCCACAAAACAGCAUCACAUCCGCAAAGCGCGCUCCCUCGCUAGCACUCUACUCAGCACCCGCGAUUUCAACGAGUCUCUCUUCGGCAUCAGCAAGGACGAUGAUGACGUCAUGAAAAUGAAGCUGUUCCGGCUCAUGUAUGAGUCGGUGAAGGAUAGCGACUUGAAGAUCAAGAGGGCGGAGCUUGUGAAGGCGGAUUACGAGAACUCCACGGGCUUUGAUUUAGGAUACGUGUUUGGCGACGCGGCAGAUAAGAUGAAUGUGAUGAUAGACAUAUCGAUGACACUGAAAAGAAUGUACGACGUUUGGAGACCAGUGGAGCAUGUUAAUGCUUACGAGCAGAUCGCCAAUCUGGCUAUAGAGGUGACACAUCUUACGGAUAUGGUCCGUACGAUCGCUACCGCCCCGAGCAAGACUCCUGUUCGCCACAAUUGAAAUGUAAUAUAAAAUAAAUUGUGAUGAAAUAUUA